CUCCGCGUCGUGGCCCGGCCCGGCAGAGCUCCGUUCUGCGCUGCAGAGCCGCUUCCCGUGCUGUCGUUGCCAGCAGCUGGUGGACCUGAACAAUAAGAGAUUAACCAAGCACUUGAGCGAUGGCAACAAUCAAGGGGGUCUCAAGUUUCAGCCCUGAGCAAGAAGCGCAGGCACUCAGGAAGGCCAUGAAGGGCUUUGGCACGGAUGAAGAUGCCAUCAUCGACAUCUUGACCAAACUCAAUGUUUCCCAGCGUCAGCAAGUUCUGAUCACCUACAAGAGCACUAUUGGCAGGGAUUUGAUCGAUGACUUGAAGUCGGAGCUGAGUGGGAAUUUUGAGAGGGUGAUCAUUGGGAUGAUGACUCCCACCACCAUGUAUGAUGUGCACGAACUAAAGAGGGCUAUGAAGGGAGCAGGAACAGAUGAAGGCUGCCUGAUUGAAAUUCUGGCUUCUCGCACCAAUGAGGAGAUUCGUCGCAUUAAUGAGAACUACAAGCUUCAAUAUGGCUGCUCCCUUGAGGAUGACAUCGUGUCUGACACAUCUUCCAUGUUUCGAAGGGUCCUCGUGUCCCUCGCAACGGGAAACAGAGAUGAAGGCAUGUAUGUGGAUGAAGGCCUUGCUCACCAAGAUGCUCAGUGCCUGUACGAAGCGGGGGAGAAGAAAUGGGGAACAGAUGAGGUGCAGUUUAUGUCCAUCCUCUGUACACGGAACAGGUAUCACCUGCUGAGAGUUUUUGAUCUGUACAGAGGCAUUGCUAACAAGGACAUAACAGACAGCAUUAAAUCUGAGAUGUCAGGAGACCUGGAAGAUGCUUUGCUGGCUGUGGUCAAGUGCAUGCGAAACAAGCCUGCGUACUUUGCUGAACGGCUGUAUAAAUCCAUGAAGGGCCUGGGAACAGACGACAGCACUCUGAUCAGAGUGAUGGUGUCCCGCUCCGAAAUUGAUAUGCUGCAUAUCAGAAGGGAAUUCCUGACCAUGUAUGGGAAGUCUCUGCACUCCUUCAUCAAGGGAGAUUGCUCAGGAGACUACAGGAAGGUUCUGCUGAAGCUCUGUGGCGGCGAGGAUUGAAGGAUUCCUGGCGUACAUCCUGUGCUGUCGGAAGGAGGGGAUCAUAAGGAUUUCUCUCAAUUGGUUUUGUUUUUUUUUCCUCUCAUUAAUUGCUGAGUAGUGACUUUGAUUAAUUAAUGCUCUGGUUGGGUAAUGGCAGUUCCAUUUUACCCUUAACUUCUGCACUUUUGCUUUCAACACCCCUGUGCAUCUAACUGAGCUAUAAAGCCUUGUUUAAUCAGAGUGCUUUAACCAAAUCUAUGCAAGCUUUGUUAUUUCCUUGCUGUCCCUCUGCGUUUACCAGUCAAAUCCUGUCAAAUGAAGCAAAUUUGGACAUGGAAUGUAGGAAUUUGCAAAGGGAAGAAUUAACUUUGUCAUUAUAUGGAGAGAAUGCAGCCAGGCUUCAGCUUUUGGAAGAUAAUUUAAAAAAAAAAAAAAAAAUCAAAUUUGAUGAAAUGGUCUUUUCCAACCUAAAUGAUUCUGGGGUCACCAAAUGCAAUGCCAGGCCGUUCCCACCAUGCCCACUGACCGCGUCCAUCAGUGGUUCUUGCAAAGCUCCAACUUGUCAGCUUGCUCUCUGAGUGUGGAACAAAACCAGCCGUGCUGGACUUCGUGUGCUUGUUGCCUGUGGGUCUGGAGGUGGGGAAGCCGCCCCUGGUGCCUGCAGAAGGAACAGCAGCGCUGUGCCUGGUCACGGAUCAGCCUCACAGCCUUGGUCUGCCUGCCUUGACUGUGGCAGUGUAAGUCAUCAGGUUUGUGUGUCAAGCCUUUGCCCUCAGUUAAUUGCUGUCACUGGAAGGGUUCCUACGAAGGAAUGAGCUGUAAAGCACGUCUCAUCAGCGCUGCCUGAUGUACUGAGCUGUUCUGGGGUCACCAAAUGUGCCAGCACCUCCUGCCGGGACUUCUGGAUAACGCUGCCCUUAGAAACUGCUUUUGGUGCCUUUGUGUGAUGUGAAAUUCCCUACCGACCUCUGAAAUAAAUUUUUCCCCCAAGCUUAGCUCCCAUCUGCUAAGCUGUGAACACUGCA